AUGGAGCCUCUCGUCAACUACAACCACAACACUUGCCCCAAGUGUAGCGCCACCAUUGAGGGUGCCGGCAAGACCUGCGGCAGCUGCGGUGCUCAACCCCCCUGCGAGAUUCAGGAGGUCCAAGAAACCAUGGGCUUCCACCGACUAGAAAACCAUCAAUCCAGCGAGAAAGGUCGGCGCGUAGGCCGAUGGACCAGACAUGAGCGAGACGAUAUCAAACUCCAGAUUCCGAGAAAACCGAUGCAUGCCGACAGCCCUGGCCUUCUUGGCCGCCACGGGCCCGUUUCAUCCGAACUGCCGGGGCCAAGUGGAGGUUGA